AUGCGUACAAUCAAGGUGGUAGUCAUUGGAGCCUCAGGUGUAGGAAAGACUAGUCUCCGGAGUCAGUAUGUUUCAGGCCGUUUCACUACGGGCUACCGAGCCACCAUCGGCGCAGAUUUCAUAACCAAAUCGUUGCCUCACCAUAGCGCACUCGACGAGACCAUAACACUGCAAAUAUGGGACACGGCAGGGCAGGAACGGUUCUCCAGCCUCUCUUCUGCGUUCUUCCGCGGUGCGGACGCAGCCAUCCUCAUGUUCGACGUCAACCAGCCGGAUACACUCCAGGCACUCCAGAGAUGGUGGUCCGAUUUCCGCGAGAAGGCUCCAGUCCCCGACGACGAGCUCGAGGAUUUUUGCUGCGUCGUCGUCGGCAAUAAGAUUGAC